AUGAUGUUUGUUUGUGAUGUUUAUGAUGUUUGUGAUUUUUAUGGUAUUUAUGAUUUUUUUGGUGAUUUUUAUGAUGUUUAUGAUAUUUGUUUAUGAUAUUUAUGAUAUUUGUUUGUGAUGUUUGUGCUGUCUGCUGCCCAUUUUCUGUCCCGUUGGUCCCAGGCCGAUUCCCCUGCCCACCCCCAAGGUUCCUUUCCUCCCCAUCCCUCUCCCCCAGGUCCCCCCAGCAUGGAGAAAUUCGGGAUGAACUUCGGGGGCGGCCCCAGCAGGAAGGAGCUGCUGGAGACCAUCGAGACGCAGAAACAGCAGCUCCUGCGCUUCCAGGCGCGCCUCAAGGACGUCGUCCUGGCCUACAAGAGCCUCCUGAAGGAGAAGGAAGCUCUGGAAGCCAGCCUGAAGGUUCUGUCCGUGUCCCCCGAGGGGAAGCCGGCGGUGUCACCGCCCGGGGAGCGCCGGGGCGAGGCCACCGCGGGGCCGGACAGCGAGGGCGCCGAGGAGGAGAAGGCGUCCCGGGGAGCGGAGGAGGCGAGCGGCUCCGAGAGCGGGGAGCCGUGUCCCAGGGAGCCGUGUCCCGGUGAGCCGUGUCCCGGUGAACCGUGUCCCGGUGAGCCGUGUCCCGGGGAGCCAGAGCGGCGCCCGCAGCAGCUGCAGGCCCAGCUGGCCACGCUGACGGCCGCGCUGGCCACGCUGACACGGGAAAAAUCCCGCGUGGAGGCCUCGUACCGGGCGGAGCGGCUGCAGAUGAGGCGGGAGCUGGAGGAGGCGGCCGGCAGGGACGCGGAGCUGCAGGAGCAGCUGGCCCAGACCCGCGGGCGCCUGGCCGAGCAGCAGCGCGAGCGCGAGCGCGAGCAGGGCGACCACGGGCUGAUGCUGCGUGAGCUGCAGGAGCUGCUGCGCUCGGAGCGAGAGGCGCGGCGCAGCGCCGAGCUGCAGCUGCAGCAGGCACAGGAGGCGCUGAGCCCAGGAGCCGCCGAGCGAGCCCAGGGCCACCACGAGCGGCAGCUGAGCCGGGAGCUGGAGGAGCUCCGGCGGGAGCUGCAGGGCCUGCGGGAGGAGAACGGCAAAGCCGACCCGCGCAUCCAGGAGCUGCAGGAGGAGAUGGCCGCCCUCAAGAACCACUUCCAGCUGCAGCUGGUGCAGGAGAUGAAGAAGACAGCGCAGGCGGAGGAGCAGCUGCGGCAGCGCUCGCAGCGGGAGGAGCAGCGCGUGGCCGAGCUGGAGGCGCAGGUGGCGCAGGUGUCCGAGCUGCUGGGCACCUACGAGAAGGCCAAGCAGAGGGACCAGGGCACCAUCCAGAGGCUCAAGGACCGCCUGGUGCAGCUGGACCUGGAGAACAAAACCUUGGCCAUCGCCGCCUCCAGCCGCUCCCUGGGCGAGGUGGCCGUGGAGGAGACCACCCUGGACGUGAACGUGCUCAAGGAGAAGAUGGAGAAGCUGCGGAAGCUCCUGCAGGCGGCGGCCGGGAAGGGCCCGGCGGGGCCGGAGCCACCGGAGCCACCGGAGCCACGGGAACCAGAGGAGCCACCGGAGCCAGCCCCGGGCAGCGGGGACGGGGACAAGGCCGCGGGCGGGCACUGCCAGCAGGAGCUGAGGCAGCUCAAGGAGGAGUUUGAGCGCUACAAGGUGAGGGCGCAGCAGGUGCUGAAGAGCAAGGCCAGCAAGGACGUGGGCCUGGCCAAGGAGCUGGAGGAGGCGCGGGAGCAGCUGGCGGAGCUCCGGGACAAGCACGUGCUGCAGCAGCUGGCGGCGGACGAGGCGCAGGAGCGGCACCGGCAGGAGCUGGAGGCCAAGAGGCAGGAGCUGGCACAGCUGCAGCAGCUGCACCGGCAGGAGCUGGAGCGCUGCCAGCUGCAGUUCCGGGAGCGGGCGCUGCGCCUGGAGGAGGAGAUGCACAAGCAGCGGGACCGGGCGCUGGGCGUGCUGGCCGAGAAGGAGCGCGAGCUGGAGCAGCUCCGCGCCCUGGCGCUGCCCCACGGCCCCAAGAGCUCCCGCGACGGCGCCUCCGGGGACGUUCCCGGCCGGGAUUCCUCGGAGAUCCUCCCGCAGGAGCUGCAGCCCUGCUCGGGCUCCGAGCCCACCUUCUUCCUGUACGCGGAGCAGCUGGCGCGCAAGGAGGUGGAGAUCGCGGCGCUGCGCAAACACAGGCACCGGCUGGAGGUGCAGCUGCACCAGCUCCAGGGCAGGGCCCUGGCCGAGGAGGACAAGCACCGGGAGGAGGUGGAGGCGCUGCGGGCAGAGAUCCAGAAGAAUUGCCGGGAUAAGAGCAGGGAAGGAGCCAACCUGGAGUACCUGAAGAACGUGGUGUACCGCUUCCUGACGCUGCCGGACGCGCGGGGCCGGCAGCAGACGCUCACAGCCAUCCUGGCCAUCCUGCACUUCAGCCCCGAGGAGAAGCUGAGCAUCGCCAAGAGCUCGGCACACGGCUCCUGGUGGCUCCACGGCAAGAGAUGAGGGCUGGACUUGGUUCUGUUUUCUGUAAGAGCUCCUGAGGACUGCCCAAAACCUCGUCCCAGGAGCUCUCCGGGGUUUGGGCUCCAGCCAAGAGAUGAGGGCUGGACUUGGUUCUGUUUUCUGUAAGAGCUCCUGAGGACUGCCCAAACCUCCUCCCAGGAGCUCUCUGGGGUUUGGUCACUGUUUUUGCAGUGGGAUUGUGCCAACUUUUCCAGCCCCAAAGCCUCUGCGGUGAGAAUUCGCUCCGAGUUGGGACUUGAUCUGAAAGCCGUGGAAUUGAAGAUGCUGAGGUGUUCUAAAGGUGAUUUAAAAACAAUCCCUACCUGUCA